CAGCCGCCAGUUCGCGCCCAACCGCCGGCACAAACGUAUCACUCUGUCAAAUAAUAUCUAUAUCAAUAAAUAAAGUAUAAAAUUAAUUACUUUUUAAAUUAUUAAAUUAGGUAUAUUAUUUUUUUUCAUUAAAUAAACCAAAGUAGUAGAAUUUUUUUUAAUUCAAUACAAUACCAAAUAUUCAUUUUUAUAUGUGAAUUUUUUUAUUUUUUUUUCAAAUUUGAAUUUUUUUUCGUCAAAAUGAUUGUGGGUUAUUGAACUUUUGAUUAUUUCGAGGCUACAUUUAAUUUAUCAUAAUUGAAUUAUAAAAAAAUAAAAAAUUGUUGUUUUGUUAAAUAAUUUAUAAAUGUUUAUUGCUAUUUUUUGUUGAGUGGAAAAACUAAAAGUGCGUAUAUAUUAAUACGGCUUCCGCGAUUUUCCGAGUUGCGCAGUUGAUUUGUUAUGUGUUGAACGUUGUCAAGGUCAAGAUUCCGGAUCGUCGAGUAUAUCACUUGAAGGACAAUUGAUUAUAUUUAAUAGUUUUAUCAGUAUAUAUAUUUAAUUGCUAUUUUUUUAAAUAAAAAUAAACAAUCUUUUUAUUUGAAAAAAAUAUAAAAAAUCAGCUUGAUAGCCGGCUUUUUUUUGUUAUUAUUAUUUUCUUAACAAGUUAAAUCAAUACUUGCAGUGAAUUUUUACAGUGUAUUUUAGUAAAAAGUUUUUGGAGUAACAUGAAAAUUAUAUUUUCUCAUGAAAAUAAUAAUAAAUGAAAUAUAUAAUAAUUGAGUGAGUUAAUUUGAUGAUGAUGAUGAUGAUGAUGAUGCUUGCCACAAUUUGACUGAGAUAAUACUUUACUUGUCUUUAUCAGUCCUCUCAACACGAUCGUCGUCGCUGUCAGAUUAUUUUUUAAAGCUAACUAAUAUUAAUGCGCCAAAAAAAUUAAAUUCAAAAUAUUUACAUGUAUUUGUAAUUUAUUCAGUAUUUUAUUAAUAGAAAUUAUUCAAUAAGUUUUAUUAAAAUGGCAAUUAAUACAGCUAGAAAAAUUUGCAAAUAUUUUAUCUUAUAAAUUGAUUUAUUUAAAAAAACUUUAAUUGAUAAAUAAAUAAAUAAAUAAAUAAACAUGUGGCAACAUCAAGAGAAUCAGUAUCAAAAUGUUGUACCGCAAAUAAUAAAACAAAUUAAUUCAAUACAACAACAAACCGUUAUGUCACCUGAUGAUAAUGCUAAUCAAGCCAUGACAAUUCACCAAAAUGAUACUUUAAAAGAACCCACAGCUAGUUCAAGUAAUGCCAGAGCAACGCGAAAUCUUGCGGAAAAACAACGCAGGGAUAAUCUCAAUAACAACAUUGCUCUUAUGGCUGCAUUGGUACCUGUUGUCGCUGGAAGUUCCAGGCGGCAGGAUAAAAUAUCAAUUCUCAGACUAGCUGCUGCAUUUCUCAGGACACACUACACAGUGGGCACCACAUCUCAGGAAUUUUUACCAGAUAAAUAUAAUGAUAUUGAUCUUGAACAAAGUUUUCUCGAUAGUUUUGAUGGAAGUGGAGGCUUCCUCAUUGUUGUAACGAGCUCUGGAAAUAUUGUUCAUAUUAGUAAAAGUAUUGAAGGACCCCUCGGCCAUGCGCCGAAUGAACUGAUGGGAAAAUCACUCUACAGCUAUAUACAUCCAGAGGAUCAUGCUGAAUUAACUAAAAAUUUAACACCUGAUGAAUCAUUGUUGAACCAACCAGCAGCAAUAUCAAAUAUAUCAAACAUUGAUGAUAAUAAUUCAAAUUCAUCAAAUGAUUCAAGUUUAUCAUCAUCAAAUAAUAAUACAAAUACAAAUAAUACAAAUAAUAUUAAUAAUUUUCGUGAACAACGACGUAAUUUUAAUAUAAAAUUUGCACAAAGAACAAAUUCACGUGGUGAACAUACACAAUAUAAAUGUUUUAAUAUAACUGGAAUGUUAAGAUUAUCAAAUUAUUGUCGUAAUAGACCAGGUAAAAGUAAAAAUACAACAAGCAAUGAUAUUAUAUUUGUUGGUAUUGCAAGACAAUUACAAAGAAGAUUCACCAAAUUAUCAUUAUUUGAAGCAAGUAAAGAAGAAUAUGUUACACGUCAUUUGGUUGAUGGUAGAAUAAUUUUUUGUGAUCAUCGUAUAUCUGUUGUUGCUGGUUAUAUGUCUGAGGAAGUAUCUGGCUCUAGUGCCUUUCGUUAUAUGCAUAAAGAUGAUGUUAGAUGGACAAUAAUAGCACUACGUCAAAUGUACGAUUGUCGUUUAGAAUUUGGUGCAUCAUGUUAUAGAUUAUUAUCAAAAACUGGUGAUUUUAUUUAUUUAAGAACUCAUGGUUUUCUUGAAUUUGAUAAACAAACUGGUACAUUUGAAUCAUUUGUUUGUGUUAAUACACUUGUUGAUGAAGAAGAAGGUGAAAAAUUAAUCAAAGAAAUGAAAGAAAGAUUUUCAGCAAUAAUAACAAAUUCAAAUAAUCGUUCAAUUAUUGAAACAGAUAAUAAUGAAAUUAAUGAAAAAUCAGAAGAACCACCAAGUGUUGAAGAUCCAUCACAACUUGAAGGUGUUAUUUUACAAUUAAUUAAUGGUUUAUCACCAUCACCAACAAUAACAGAUGUACCAUUAGUAUCAUCACCAAAUCCAGAAAUUCAAUAUGCUAAAGCAGCAAUGUAUUCACAACAUAUGCCACCAGUUAAUAUACACACACGUCAAAUUGGAUUAACAUCAUCAUCAUCAUCAUCAUCAUCAUCUUCAUCGUCUUCAUCAUCGUCAUCAUCAAAUUCUUCUUCUUCUUCUUUAAAUCAUGAUAAACGUAUUAAAUCAGAAAUUAAAAACAUUAAAUCACCAGAUAAUACAAUUAAUAAUAAUAAUAAUAAUAAUAGUGAUAAACAAGAAUCAUCAUCAUCAUCAUUAUCAUCAUCAAAAACAUUAUCAACAAAUUCAGUUAUUCAAAAAAUCAGUCAAAAUAAUUAUAAUAAAAUUAGUGAAAAAAAUAUAAUUACCGAGCUUGAUGAUAGAAUAAGUCCAGUUAAUAUUAUUGAUGAAAAUAUUUCAAUUGUAAAUACAUUUAAUAGUAAAAAUAUUUAUGAAAAUGAUAAUGAAUUGAGUCCAUCAGUAUCAUCACAUCAUGGUAAACCAGACAGUAUGAUUAUGUACAUAAAAACUGAAAAAAUUGAUGGUAAUUCAAUUUGUGGUAAAAGAUCAUUAGAUACCACCAAUGAUGAUGAUGAUGAUGUUAAUAUUAAUGGUAAAGCUAAUGGCAUUGAUGAUGGUGAUAAUAGUACAUCAAAAAAAAGACAAAGAAAUGAGUAUUUUAAUAGUUCACCUGAACAGGAUAAAUCAAGUCUUCAAGAUAUUAUGAAAUCAAAUCCAGAUAUAUUAAAAAUGCUUGAUGAAAUUGGUCAUGUUAUGAAUACUGAACCAGAUCCAAAUGUUCCACCAUCAUUAUCACAACAUUAUGCAUCUGAACAAGUUGAUGAAACACUUAGAAAUUUAGAGGAUAGAAUAACUUAUCAAGAAAAUCAACUUGAUGAAUUGGGUCUUGUUAUUGAAAAUUCAGAUCUUCAUUCACAACGUGAUAAUUAUGAUCAAUUACAAGCUGAACAUGAAAUACAAAAAAAAAUGAUUAAAACACUUCAACAAGAUCAUCACAGUAUGAAAGUUAUUAAUGUUAAACAAAAUAUUGGUGUUUGAAAUUUAUCAUAAGCCUUCAAAGUAAAUCAAUUUUUAUUGUUUUUUUUUUUAUUUAUUAACAUUUUUUAAUUUAAUUAAUAAUUGACAACGUACUUGGUCAAUUUAUCAAUUAAUUUAUUUACAACAAUUGGAAAAAUUAUAAAUUUAAUCAGGAAAAACAAAUUGAUCAUGUUGAAAUAUAAAUUGAAAGCUAAAUAGCGAAAAAAAUAAAUUGUGCAAUCGAUCGAUAUAUAAUAUUUUUUUUUUUUUUUUUUUUUAAUUUGUUAGUCAGUGUGUAAUUUGAUAAGUAACAAAAAAAAAAAAUAAAUGUUAUCUUCCUGAAUAACUGACUGAAAAAAUCAGGAAGAAAUUCAUCUUAAAUUAGUAAUAUUAACUAUUGCUUUGUUUUUAAAUGAAAUAAUCGGCGAAAAUAAUUAAUAAUAAAUUGAGUGUAAAAAUUAAAAAAUAAAAUCUCUAUUAAAUAGUUUAAAAUUAAAUUACUAUUAAAAAAAGAGAGAGAGAGAGAUAAAUAAAUAAACCAAGUAAAAAAAACCAAGGUAAUAAAUUAAAUUGUUUACCUGAAAAUUUCAACUAAGCAAUUACAAUGUAAAGACUAAUCUUGUAAGCAUAUAAAACAAAAAAGAAAAACAAAAAAAAAAAAACUAUAUAAAUAUCUAUAUAAAUCAAGAA